AUGGCGUUGACGGAAGCGGUACAGGGUCUCGGUACCUCGCAGGCGUUGCUAACUGUGCUUUCCCUUGCGCUGGGAAUCAUCGCUGUGUACCUCUACGUUGCUGGCCGGUAUCUACCUGAAGGAGCACCUCCAUUGGUNAAAGGCGAGUGGCCUCUGAUCGGCCCCACGGACUUCUGGACAAGACGAUGGGACUUCUUCAAGGAGGCGACAAAGGCAUCGGUCAAUGGCAAUUUUACGUUCCACGUUGGCAAGCAUGUGGUCGUGGGAGUGUCUGGAGAUGACGGUAGACGAGCUUUCAUGGAGAGCAGGCAGCUGGAUGCGUCUUCAGGGUGA